AUGGCUUUCCGUUCACAGAGAAUUGCGCAGCAUCUCUGUCGCACAGCAACCCAACGGCCACUCUCACAGCCAACCAACUCGCUAUCAAACACAAGCCAAGAUGCAUGCAUGCUCUGCCGAUAUCGCCAGCCAGCGCGAGGACUCACAACCCUCCCAGCACGUCGAUCUCCCAUAAUCCAGACACCUACGAGACAGCGCCGCGCUGCGUCAACAGAAACCUCUACUCCAACAGAACCAAGCAAAUCCACCCUCGCCGGCGCACCAGACAUAACCAACCACUACACGAUUUUCCCUCGAACGCUACCAGCCGGUCCACCACCUGGCUCGACGUUCGCAAUCUCAACCAGCGACCUCCGCCGCGAAUUCCUCCAAUUGCAAGGUCUUGUCCACCCGGACAAAUACCCUAAUGGAGCAGAGAAGCAGCUUGCCGAGGGUCUCUCAGCCCGGAUCAACGAAGCGUACCGGACGCUUCUGGACCCGCUGCAGCGGGCCCAGUACAUUCUACGGGAAUGGCAUGGGAUCGACGUGACGGCGGAAGACGCGUCGACUAAGCAUGCGCUUGAUGCGGAGACGCUGAUGGAAGUUAUGGAGGUGCAGGAGACUAUUGAAGAAGUUGGGGCUUCUGCUGAUGCGGAGGCGCAGAUCAAUGGGCUCAAGAAGGAGAAUGAGGGGAGGAUUGUUGAGUGUGUGGAGAGACUUGGGGAGGCGUUUGAGAAGGGGGAUUUGGAGGCAGCGAGGAAGGAAUGUAUUCGAUUGCGAUUUUGGUAUAGUGUUGGGGAGGGGUUGAGGGAGUGGGAGCCUGGGAACACAGAGAUUCGGUUGAUGCAUAGUAGUUGA